UUCUAUAAUAACAUAGACAAUCUAGCCCCCUGUUCUUUCAAAUCUGAAACUGAUGCAGAAAAUAUUCGUGCAAAAUGACCUUGUUACCAUAGUAACAAAUGGACGAGGAGAUUUAGAUGUUUAGAUUUGUGACGUUCUGAAACUCCUCUUAUCAACCUCUGAUACUGAUUAUCAGAUAUCUCUAAUAUCACAAAUUUUUUGCUUGUCAUCAUUAUCGAUAAUGUUCAUUUCUUAGUAUUGAUAGGUUGGUUGAAUUGAUUGGUUCUUUCAGAUAUACAAAAACCAUUUUUCUCCCACUCACACUUGAAGGAUAAUUGCAAACAAAAUAACAAAUCGACGCUAUACGAAAAUGAGUAUCACCUUAUUAGGUUUUAAAACUAUGUUAACGGAGGAGUUAGGUAACAGUUUAGAAGAAGAUUUAAGACAAAUGGUGAUUUCGAUAACUACACAAGAACUUGAAAAAAUAAAACAAGAACUCAUUUGUUCAUUUAAAGACUCAUCAUUCUCUUUGGAUGGGACACAAUGGUCCAAAAUAAUCAAAACUUUUGCGAAGAUUGUAAAAGAACUAUCUUUAGGACCCGGAGCGGAAACAAAUAUGUCGGCAUUUUCAUCCCAACAGGAAAGCAUUCCAAAGGCUUUUAGGGAAAUAGUGUACAUGUACAAUAAAACGGUAUGCCCUGAUAAUCAAGGAUACAGUGAUAUAAACAAUGGACUAUCUUUAGAAGAAAGUCAGAGAAGCCCUUCCCAGUUUGAAACAAACUACCCCACUGAUUUGUCCACAAAUGUUUGCACUGACUCCGAAUGUGAAUAUUCUAAAGUCGGUGUAUUACGUAACCUAUCUGAUGAAAUACUUCUAAAUCAACUACAAGCUAAACCUAUUCUUAGUAUAUCUCAGCAACCAAGUUUCUUAAUGAAGUCAUUUGAAAAUACGGUUAUACUAACACCUGAUGUAAGGCCUACUGACAGACGUUGUGUCUCCGAAAAUUUACUACAAACAAUGGGUCCAUUAUGGAAUGAAUAUGCAAAAGAAGUUGAUGAAGAAACUGACAUUCAGUUGGAUAGAAAUUUGCCUAUUCUUGAUGAAAAUGAUGAAAUCUUUACUAAUCUUAUCAAUACAAUCGCAAAAGAUUUCAAUGAGAUGAAAUUUACCAGUGAUAAUGAAAAUUUUAAAUUCUUUGAAAUACCAGUUCCUGAUGAGAUAGACAUGAAACCAACUUAUGAAACAGCUUGUCAAUUAUUCAAUAAUAAUUCUAAAUCUGUACUUACGAACCUCAGUCAAUCAUUUUUAAUGGAUAAAUCAAAAUGGAUUUUACCAAUUUUGAAGUUGCACACUGAUGAAGAUGAAACUAUGUUUCGAAGAACAAAAACACUGCCAAGUAGUAAACUGGAUGAAUUAUUUAUUCAUGAAGUAAAUAAAUACAAAAAACGAAGUGAAAAAGUUGAAAAUAUAUCAGUUGACAAUUUUAAUGAAAAAUAUGAGAAAACUUUAGCAGAAUUAAAAAAUGAAGAACAAAAAUUCAAUAAAUUAAAACAAAAGUUAAUAAUAUGUCAGUACAAGUCCAAUGAAGUGCCGUUGUGGAAUACAGGCAAUGAUAUGAUAGUUAAUAAUGACAGUAGUGACAAUGAGUUGUUAAACAAUUGUAAAGAAAAAAUCAAUUUACUCAAACUGAAUUUGAUGAAUUUAAUUAAUACUUCACCAGUUUGUAGUAUUUACAAGACUGGCAAAGAAAUGUGUGAUCAUAAGUUAAACAGUAUAAGAAAUACAAUUCAACAAAGAUUUCUUGUUGUAUGGAAUAAAUUAAAACUUACUGAAAAUGAAAAACAAUCUUGUUUAUUGAAAUUUUGUUGGCAACAUAUGAGUGAUACUAUUUAUAUGGCAAAUAUGAAUAAAGCAUUAAACUUAUUGGAAUAUACAGCGAAAUAUAUUGAACGUCGUGAAAUGUUAUUACAUAAAUUAGCAAAAAUUGAAAUUGAACAUUUAAUUCAAUCAAAAAAUUAUAGUGUAAAUAAUAAUCAUUUGGAAUUGAAAUGUUCAGAUGAACGUUAUAAAGUUGAUAAGAAAUUUAACAAGUUGGAGAAACUGAUUGUGUCUACUGCUAAACAACUGGAGAAGAAGUUUAAUUAUACUCUGACAUUCAACGUAUGUUAUUAACUCAUAAGAUAAAUUGUAUUAUUGAAAUUUCUAGAAUUUCAUGUUGGAGUAAAUCAAAGACGUCUAGAUGUGUUUGUUCCACAGAGUCACUAGAUCUAAUAAAAAAUGAUUCUAUAGGAAGCGUCUCACUCUCAUUCACCUUUAAUACUAAUACCUAAAUGAUUUAUAUGUGUUUACAAAUGAUCUUGGUGGCAAUAAUUUACUAUGUUAAGAAACGUUCGCAUGAGCUAAAGAUAAUCCGGACAAAGAACUGAUAAUAAUGCACAACAGUGAAGAAUUUCCGGACAAAAUUCUCGAAGUCCUAGGAAGAAACAUUCGGAUGUGAAAUCAUCUAAAUUAAUAGAGUUUAAAUAUCAGAUGAAGAUUGUCUUAUCACACGUUUUUCAGAGGAAAAAUGUAUAUUGCUGAAUCCGUACUCUGUAGUUUAAGGAAACUGUGUCUCCCACGAGACCCGAAACCGCUGGUUUUGAUUACGUGUAAAUUAUUGACAUACAUAAAAACAGAUCGGUUAGCUAGAAGACAGAAUUUUGCGGGUGAUUUUCGAAGGUCCUGAAGCUUAUAUCAUUUGUGAAGAAAGGUACUCUAGCUUACUAAUUUAGACAAUAGUAAAAUAUGAUGCUACUUCCAUAGAGGUUAUAUCAUUAUCUAUAGAAGAUUCCUAAUGUUACAGCAUUUGAGAUAAAUAUUUUCACUUUGCUUUUCAGGGUCAAAUUUAUCUUAAAAAGAUGGUCCAUGAUCGAAGUGAUCUGAUUUAUUUACUGAGAGAAAAGUACAAAAGUAAACCAGGACAUGAUAGCGCAAUAUAGAAGCUCCAUCCCCAAAAGUACACCUAUAACAUUAUUAACGGUGUUUGUUUUAUUUCCCUCAAUUUAUAUGGAAUUCGGUGAACAGUAUUUAUUAUGUUUUGCAUAUCUCUAUGAAUGUGAAACGGUUCAUAUGAUCCAGUAUAGGUAGCAUAAUGAGGAUAUUGAGUAAUUCCAAACUAAAAGCGAUGCAUUGUUGUUUUAUCAGGUUUUAAUAACAAAUACAUUGCGAUUUCUCAAUACAGGG